AUGCUUCGAAUACUGCUUUCCGUUUGCUGUAUCGUCAGUGUAUUUGAGUCCGCCGACUUGGCAUUCAUCCCACUCACCAAAAAGUUCCUCGACAAACUCAAAAACGAAACGUUGUACAACAAAUUUGCGACUCCGACGCAAUAUGACGGUGAGUUUCUGGGCUGUCCGAAUCGUCGGGAUGGGUUAUGUCUUUGUAACCAAUGCACAUUAAUGGGCUCGUGAAAAAACAUGCAAAUUUUUGAGAUAAAUACUCUAUUUUAGAAUACAUACGCGUUCAUGGUCCAGGUAUGGAAGAGUGUUGCAGCUUUUCUUCUUACAUAACUGUUGCUUUUUCUCAAACGAUUUUUUGACACCGCUAUACACACUAAACACUGUUCAACGUUUUGCUCACCGUCUCACGUCAAGGCUUUUCGCACUAAUUUGUGUCAUUUGUCCCUAGGAAUUACGUAGAAUAUGCUUGCUUGCCCAUUUUUAAGUUUUAUUUCAGGUGUUCCGACGAAUGUCACACUGUCAAUGUUCAUUGAGGGAAUGAGCUCUUUCAGUAAGACCCCACCACACUUUGCUAUAAAAAAUUAUCAUUUUGUUAGGUGCUCAAACUAUGGACUAUCACCUCGACGUGUAUUUCCAAGAAGAGUGGUAUGACCACCGUCUGGCUCAUAACGCCACUGCACCCAUUCUGGUCCGUGACUUGGAAGUCUUCAAAAUGAUGUGGCACCCGGAUGUAUAUUUUGCAAAUGCACGAUCAGCCGCUUUCCAGGUCAGUUCACUCUCCAUCCAUUUUGUGUUUUGACCUCUUACGUCAAAAAGCUAACUUUUUUUACAACUUCGCACUUUUUUUACAACUUCGCACUCAAAGCCCUUCUGACGACGGAACCCUAAUAACAUGCAAAUUCUAUUUCAGGACAUCACCGAUGACAACUUUCUUGUAUGGGUCUAUCCAAAUGGACGUGUUUGGUAUGACGCGAGAAUCUCAAUUGUGGGGUCGAAAACCAGAUGACUGAAGUAAUUGUGUUCCGAGUUCAGGUCAGCUCGUGCAACAUGGACCUUUGGAAGUACCCAUUGGACUCCCAAGAAUGUGCACUUCGCAUUCUUUCCUACGCAUAUCCAAUGACGGUGCUCCGUCUGCUUUGGUCGGAAAAGGAAGAUGUUCCGGCGAUAGACCGUAAUCCGGAUAUCACAAUGCCGGAUAUGUCACUGAAGCACAUCCGCACAGGCUACUGCAACGGUACCUAUGCAACUGGAGAAUGGAGUUGCAUGACGGCAAUAUUCUAUGUGGAGAGGGAGAUGAUGCACCACGUCAUGCAGACAUACGUGCCGACUGCGUUGAUUGUAGUCAUAUCAUGGUUCAACUUCUGGCUUGAAAUUGACUCGGCUCCAGCAAGGGUCUCUCUCAGUAUCACCACUCUUCUCACCAUCUCCACUCAAGCAAAUGCCGUAAAACUAGCUCUUCCAGAAGGUAUAAUUAUUUCAAUUUUCUAUAUAAUUUCGAAACGAGUGUGUUUCAGUAAGCUACAUGAAAGCAAUUGACGUUUGGAUGGGAUCUUGCAUGGUACCAAAGCAAUUAUUUUCUGGCAUUGUCUCAAUCAAUGAAUUAUUCAGGCAUUCGUGUUUGGAGUAAUGAUCGAGUUCACAAUUUGUCACUACGCCAAGAAUCUUGAGUUGCUCCGUGGAGAAGGUCAACCGUCUCUCAUCGUCGACACUGCUCUCUCGACACUAUUCGGAGCCGCGCGGGAUAUUGACGAUUUGGUGCGAAAAGUGGCCACGCUUGUAUGUUGCUUGCACUGCUUUUCACCAGCUAAGCUCAAUUUCAGACCCACUUUAGAAAACAGACAAAAAAAAACGAAGAAAAAGCAUAUCUUCUAACCAAUGAUAAUGUUUUUCGUCUUGGGGAAAGAUAACUGAAUGAGUUUACGCGCCUUCCACUCUAACCUCACUCACACUCACUCACUUUUUCAUUUUCACUUACAACUUUUUGAGUUCCUUUUCCAUCCACUCACAAUUUCAGGUUGAAGACACCGAUUGGGUUUGUUUGAUGCUUCAUUAGUCUCUCAUGCCAGCUGUUUAUUCUUUUUUUCCACUUGCACGACAAUCUCUUCGUUAUGCUUCUAAUCUCUCGGAAUGAACCCUCCCACAGCCUGACUAAAUCUAUUCUGUUUUCCAUUUCGUUGAACCUUCGAGAAUUUGAGCAUUUUCAGAACGAAGAAGAGGGAGUUCGUGGAGAUGGAGAGCAGCACAUUGCUUUGAAUAUGCUAAAUCCCGAAGAGCCGCGGCUUCGCUCGUUGAAUCAAAACAAUGACAUUACGGCGAACGGGACCAGGUGACUCUUUUCAGUGCCACCACAAAAUAUGCCAAUUUUUCACAUCUCAAGGUAUUUUGUCGGCGCGGAACGGAUGAAACGCAAACGGUCGAAGGCGUCGUUGUCGCGACUCCGUCAGCAGGUAGCAAGCAUGCGUCACGCAGUGAGUUUCGCUUAUUGCCUCUCAAGGACCGCUUUCAUCUAUUUUCAUUUGCUACGAGGCUGGCGUUUGAAUUUCUUUCUUUUUGAAUGAGAGCACAGUACACUCAGAGAGCAGAUCCACCUUCACUCAGCUUUUGCAGACUAUUGACGUCUCUCGCCGCGCGUUCAACUGGACUCGGGCCCUCCGAAAUCUGCGUGGUCGCCGAGUGGCUCAACGGAUUGACGAGCGAUGCCGAAUCGUGUUCCCAAUGGUCUUCUUCCUAUUCAACAUUGCCUACUGGAGCUUUUACCUUGUCUUCAAUUAA